AUGGAACGCAUGGAACAUCCGAGGGGCUAUUUUGUUCAGUCUCUUGUUGCAGGUGGUACUGAUUUUCGUGGCCCCAGUAAGAAAAUCCGCGAGGAAAAAGGUCGCCAUCUUACUCAUUUGGAUUCGUACUUGUUGGCUGACGCAGCUGCCAAUUUUGCCGUUGGUCUCAUAUCCAACAGCCAACGCGGCCAAUCUGAUUCUGAUAAGUCCGAGGAUCCGGUGAAGAAAAUUCUGAGCGGCCUAAUGGCAUUCUGGGCGCCAUUCCUUUUAUUACACCUUGGCGGCCCCGACACCAUCACUGCUUUUUCUCUCGAGGAUAAUCAGCUUUGGCCGAGGCAUUUGUUCGGCCUUGUUGUUCAAGCGGGGGCUGUUAUCUAUGUCUUCUUCCAGUCACUUCCCAACGACAAGCUAAUGAUCCCCACGAUACUCAUGUUUUGCGCUGGUAUCAUCAAGUACGUGGAGCGGACAGUGGCUUUGUAUUUAGCGAGUCUGGACACAUUUCGUGAUUCGAUGCUUAAAGAUCAGGAUGCUGACCCCAACUACGAUAAGCUCAUGGAGGAAUACGCGAACAAGAGAGAGGCGGAGAUUUCGACGAGAAUCGAUUUGACACCUGAGCCAGAUAAAGAAACCAAGGCUUCUGAUAUUCCACCCAAGGAAGGCGAGCUGAAUCAUUUGGAAGUGGUGCACUAUGGUUUUUACUACUUCGAAACAUUCAAGGGAUUCAUCGUGGAUUUCACCUUCAGCUUCCGUGAGCGCGACGAGAGCCGUGAUUUUUUCUACAGGAGGACAGCUGAAGAUGCUCUGAGGGUAAUCGAGGUUGAACUCAACUUCAUAUAUAGGACUCUCUAUACCAAGCUGGAAGUUGUCUACUCUUGGUUCGGAUCUAUUUUUCGAUUCCUAGCUUUUGGGUCGACUUUGGUUACUCUUGGAAUCUUCCAUUUCAAAACGAACAAAGAUGCCUACGAUGGAGUGGAAAUUGGAAUCACCUACACUUUGCUCCUUGGUGCCAUUGUCCUGGAUGUAAUAACCAUCUUCACCAUGAUUUUCUCAGAUCGUACUUCUACGUUUAUAAAGAACCUUGAUCGUCCUUGUUGA